CAUUUUAAUCCGGAGUCAGGUAACAGACGUAAUUGAGGCGAGGUAAACAACGUAUUAUAUCUCACUGGUAUGUUCUUUGUACCCGACGCAGGCUGGUGGAGGUCAAAGUCAAAUCACGUAAUUAAACGGCCAACAGGACGACCGACAGUUACAGGUUCGGAUUCAUACCCGCCGGUUGUUGACCUUCCGUACAACUGACCAUCUAGCGGUCCCAUAGCUGACGGAAGAGUGACCAACAGAUAGUGGAUUCCGCAAAGUGAAAACCUGUACUUCUGUAGGAUGGCUAAUACCGUGUGGCUCAUUCUAGUAUGUUGCGUAGCUGUGAACGCAGGGGAAAUAACCCUACAGACCUACAAUGUCGGCCUCAACCCUCGAGUUGAAAACAUGGAGAUAAGAAAAGAUGCUGUUAUUCCAGAGCUCCGACACAACGGAAGUGACGUUGUUUGUCUACAAGAGAUUUGGAGAAGUGGAGACGUUUCGCAAAUCAUCGAGUCCCUCAAAGAUGUAUACCCGUACUCCCUGAGUCCACUCCAUGAUGAGACGGGAUCCUUCAACUACAGAACGUUUUGGCCGCCAUGCUUUAGCUGGACAGCCGUGACCUUUGCGACUUGUGCACUUACGUAUUGUCGGAAUGAGCCGACGGAGGAGGAUGUGGUACGCUGCGUGGUGUCGUGUGGGUUCGUGGAUGUGUCCCGAGAGUGUUUAUCCUGCGUGGUGAUAGGGGGGACCUUUGCUUCCCUUCGGGCUUGUGUGUAUGGCUUCGGCUACAACUACAACCCUCAGGGCCUUCUCUUGCUCAGCAAGCGACCACUCUACGAAGGAUCGGUGACAAGCUAUUUUCCUGCUACUAAGACCAUAGCACAGCGGGCGUACGUCAAAGCUGAUGUGGAAGAUUUCGGCCCCGUUGUUUGUACACACAUGACGCCAUACCUCGGAGAUUUCUACCUUGAACCAAGCCUGAUGGACAGGUUCCGGGGCUGGGCGGACCAGAGCCAGUAUGAGGCCGGCGUCCUCGUCAGUCAGUUUGCCAGAGACCCAAAAGGCGUCAUCAUGGGGGAUCUAAACACGGGCCCGGCCCUCCCCAGACAGGGCGUCCGGCCCCACAUGGCAGCCUCCUACAACGAGUUCGUGUUCAGCCAUUGGGUGUCGCCUUUCGUGGAUCGCGUGGGGGCGUGUACCUUCUGUAAGGAAAACGUCCUUACGUUUGACAACGAGAGUUGGAUCCUGGACCACGUGCUGAUGAAAGGACACAACGUCCUGGACACCAAGCUUCUUCAUAUGACAAACAUUGACGGCCAGACCUUCCCCGUAUCUGACCAUUACGGGGUGGAAGUUACCUUUGAGGACGAAUUCUGAUCGGCGACCAUUGACCUCGGCUGACCUCUACCUCAUCAAUGUGACAUUUUACGUGGACAAUUAAAGGAAAUCGCCUGUGUUACAGUUAUAAAUCCCGGUGUUACAGUUAUAAAUCCCGGUGUUGCGACUGUAGAUAUUCGGCCUUCAAUGUGUUACUGGUUAAAGGGGCUGGUCGGGGAAAAAAUUACAAAAUAAAUGGGUCUAAAUGCGUUCUCUGGCCUUCCAAAAAUCUGGGUCAAUUAAGAGUUUUAGACUCUCAGGUGACGAUUUAGGAUUUCUUUAAUAUAAUUAUAAUUUUUACUCUGAGGGAGUGAAUUUCAGCAAAAUUUGUAU